CUGACUGGGAAUGAACUAGAGAGCAACGAGCACUUGCUUCCCUGUCAAACCCAACUCCUGCAAUAACAACGCAGAAGACAUGAGCCAUGUGAAAAGUGAAACAUGUAUCUAUGCCCAUGUCCAGGAGGAGAUGGCAUGCGAAUCGGCGUUUGUCUUCUGGUCUGAUGGUGGGAGGUUUUCCUUGGACCAGUUCGCCUGUUUACCCUGGCUCGAGGGUGCGCUGGGCGCUGAGGACUUGGCUCUGUGGCCUCCCACGACCUCACCACCUUCGCCUUCCCCUGUCGAGGUAGCCUGAAAGAAGCAGACGGAUGGCAAGAACAUUAUAUAUGUGUCAGAUGUGGAGAACCAGGCAAGGGAGUUCCUGCAGAGGUUUGACGAGGAGGCCACUCAGCGUAUAUACCAGUACUCGUUGGCAUCAUGGGCCUACAACACCAACAUCACAAAGGAGAACUCAGACAAACUGUCAGAGGAGGGGCAACUUUGGAGCAAUUUCUACACCCAGAUGUCAGAAUUGUCCCAGGAAUAUCCCAUUGACCAGAUUAAGGAUCCUGAAAUCAAAUUACAACUCAUCUCCCUACAAGACAAAGGUUCUGGUGCCCUGUCCCAGGAAAAAGCUGCACACCUGAGUAAGGUCAUGAGUGAGAUGAACACAAUCUACAGUACAGCGACAGUGUGUCUCAUGGAUGAUCCCCUCACCUGCCAGACUUUGGAGCCAGGCCUGGAACAUGUGAUGGCGAACAGCCGAAAUUACGCCGAGCGCCUGCAUGUGUGGGAGGGCUGGAGGAGGGAGGUGGGGAAGAGGAUGAGGUCUCUGUACGAGGACUAUGUGGAUCUGAAGAAUGAAGCUUCCAAACUUAACGGUUUUGAAGACUAUGGAGCUUACUGGAGAUAUAACUAUGAGACCAUUGAGGACGACCCUCAGUUCAAGUACACCAGAAACCAACUGAUGGAAGACGUCCGUUCUAUAUACAAACAAAUCCUGCCAUUGUACAAGGAGCUGCAUGCCUACGUGAGAGCCAGGCUUAUGGAGGUCUACCCGGGACACAUUGAUCCAGAAGGACCACUGCCAGCCCACCUGCUGGGUGACAUGUGGGGAAGAUUCUGGACCAACCUGUACUCUCUGUCAGUCCCCUACCCUGAAAAAACAGAUAUUGAUGUCAGCAAAACUAUGGUGGAGAAGGGCUGGAGCGAGAUUCAGCUUUUCAAGGAAGCAGAGAAAUUCUUCAUGUCUGUAGAUCUUUACGAGAUGUUCCCAAACUUCUGGAGCAACUCCAUGCUGGUGAAGCCUGACGAUGGACGCAAAGUGGUCUGUCACCCCACAGCCUGGGACAUGGGAAACAGAGAGGACUUCAGGAUCAAAAUGUGCACAGAGGUCAACAUGGAUGACUUUCUCACAGUGCACCACGAGAUGGGUCACAACCAGUACCAGAUGGCUUACCGUAACCUGUCCUACCUCCUGAGGGACGGAGCCAACGAGGGUUUCCACGAGGCUGUCGGAGAAAUCAUGUCCCUCUCUGCUGCGACUCCCAAACACCUGCAGAGCCUGGGUCUCCUGCCUGCUGACUUCAUUUAUGAUAAUGAAACAGAGAUCAACUUCCUCCUGAAACAGGCGCUCACCAUUGUGGCCACACUGCCGUUCACCUACAUGCUGGAGGAAUGGAGAUGGCAGGCGUUUGCAGGGAACAUCACCAAAGAUGAAUGGAUGAAGCGCUGGUGGGAGAUGAAGAGGGAGCUGGUUGGGGUGGUGGAGCCAGUGCCAAGAGAUGAGACCUACUGUGACCCUCCUGCUCUGUUCCAUGUGUCUGGAGACUAUUCUUUCAUCAGGUACUUCACAAGAACCAUCUACCAGUUUCAGUUCCAAAAGGCCCUCUGCGAUGCCGCUGGUCAUACAGGUCCCUUGUCAUCAUGUGACAUUACUGGUUCUACAGCAGCAGGAACUAAACUGAGGAACAUGUUAGAACUGGGAAGGUCAAAGUCCUGGACCCAGGCUUUGCAUACAAUAUCUGGUGAUGUUAGGAUGGAUGCCAGACCCCUGCUGGAGUAUUUCCAAAAACUUCAUGACUGGCUGAAGACAGAGAACCAGAAACACAGCAGGCUUGUAGGCUGGAAGACAAAAAUAGAUCCAUAUUCAAUGUAUGCCGUUACAGUGAGGAUUAGUUUGAAGGCUGCUAUGGGUGAUAAUGCUUACACUUGGAACGACAAUGAGCUGUACCUCUUCAAGGCCAACAUUGCGUACGCUUUGAGGCAGUACUACUACCAAAAUAAUGGGACCGUGCCCCUCUUCACAUCAAAGGACGUCCUCACGUCUCCGGUGACUGAGAGGAUCUCCUUUAGCUUUGUGGUCACUAACCCAACAACUCCUUCCAUAAAUAUUCCAAAGGAGGAUGUAGAGGCUGCCAUACGGUUAUGCCGAGGCCGAAUCAACGAUGCCUUCCAACUGGAUGACGAGACGCUGGAGUUCGUGGGGAUCCCACCAACUCUGGCCCCUCCCGUGAAGCAGCCCGUGGUGGUGUGGUUGGUGGUAUAUGGGGUGGUCAUGGGAAUUGUGGUGUUAGCAGGCAUCUACCUCGUCAUCGUUGGCGUCAAAGAGCGCAAAAAGAAAUCUGCAGGAGCAGGUGCAGAGAAUCCCUACGAUGAAGACCGUAACGGACAAACUAACAAAGCCUUUGAGGACAGUGACGGUGAACAAACUGGAUUUUGAGUCCACUGCUGUCACUGAAGCAGUGCCUUCGCCAGUGCUGCAUGCAUCAAACAUUGACAACUGCUAAAUGUGUAUAUUUGUGAAAGUGUUGUCAAAGAUUUUUGUCCAUACAGUUGUAUAGUCAGUACAAAUAGUAAAAAUAUAUUUAAUUGUACCUAAUUGUAGUAUACUAAGUAUACUUCCUUGUGAAUGUACAAAAAGUGUGCUAUUUUGAUACUUAAUGUACUAUCAAUACAUAAGUAUUACAAUUUGACAUAUAGUUAACCUGAGUGUUACUUUGAUGCAUCAUUAACUUGUAUGUAUGUGUAUUUAAGUAUACUUUUUUUGUAAAAAUUAUGUAGUCUGUGUAUAGUUAAAUGAAAUUUACUUAAUUAAUUUAAUUUACAAAUGUUAAUCUACAUUAAAUGAACUUCAAACAUUAUUUUUUUCCUACAAGACACCACAGUCAGGUGCACUUAUAUGUAGUAAAUUUUCAGUACUUGUACUACUUAUAUAUGGUUCAUGCACUCAGUACAAAAUUAGUAUAAGCACAUACAGAAAUCAUAGAACACUGUAGAGUACAAUCAUAACCCGUUUUUACAUACAUACAGACUAUUUUAAUAACACCUUAAAAUGUUAUUUAAUUGUUAAAGUUUCAAACUUCAUUUAGGCUCUCUCAAGAGGUACAGUGUUUUUCCAGGAUCACCUCCAGUCAUACAGUUCAAAUUCAGUUGAGUUCAUCCAAAGAACUGUAUUUGUCUGUAUGACAUUUUAAUAUUUAAUACUGUAAAAGGCUUUGAUGCUCAGACAUUUUUUUUAAUGCUACUUAAUACUUUUACUGGUUUUAAAAUAUCAGAAAUGUUGUUUAAUGUUGUCAGUGCAUAUCUGGUAGAUAGGUGCAUAAGAAGAUUAAAUAAUGAAAAGA